AUGGUUGUUCCCAAACCCCCCAUGACAUUGGAGGACCAUUGCUCCGUCAUUCACGACAACACUCUUUAUACCUACUCCGCCAAUGGCUUUGCUUCUAUCGCUCUCAGUGAGAAUGCGACCUGGAGUAAUCUCACCAUGGGAGAGCCCGUCUCCGGCGCAGCAUGCGUGAAAAACAAACAGUCCUUGUACGUUGUCGGUGGAACUAGCUCAUCGUCGUCCGAUUACACAGGAUUGCAACGAUACUCGUUCCAAGACAAGAAAUGGAAAACCAUCUCACCAACGUCCGAAGACAUGUCCAACCGCACCAACCACGGCGCCGUCUUCCUCAAAUCCUCCUCGUCCAUCUUUGUUUACGCUGGUAACCGCGACGGUAGCUCUACUCCAACCUCCGAUACCUUUGUUAUCAACACCGCCGAACCCUACAACGUCUCCUCAUACAGUGGUGCCGACGCAUCGCCCGCUAGUGCCCCUAUCCUAUUGCCCUGGAGCGAUGAUCAAGCCGCUUUGGUCGGUGGUACGACAACGGCCCGGAAGGUCCAUUUGUUCAAGUUCAAUGGCACUGGUGACUGGUCGGAUUCAGGCGCAACUCUGCCCCAGGCGCUGUCGGAUGACGUCAAAGCCGCUCUAAUCAGUGGCUCCGAUAGCAGCAAGGUGCUCCAGUCGUUCGACAUGAGUGAAUCGCCCAAUACGGUCAAGAGCUUGUUGUUGGUGAACCCUGGCGGCAAGCCUGCAAACCCUGCCAAGGUGCUUGGCGCAUCAUCCAGGAAACGUUCCAGGCGGAGGGCCAUCAGCGUGGACAACUACCCGAAAUACGAUGAUCAAUAUGCGUCCUCAAAAACGUGGUCGCAGUUUUCGCUAGCACAGGACGACGAUGGUAAGCUGGUGGCCAUCUCCGGCGGCAGUGGUACCAACUCGUUGGCCCUCUUCAACCAAACCUCGAAUAGUUGGAUGAACGCCACCAAACUCUUCUACGGUGACAAAUCCAUGCAGCAGAUUCUUCCCUCUCCCUCUUCGUCGACUACUGCCACCCCAACCAGUUCUAACUCCACCCCCAGCAGCCCCUCCGCUGUUGCAGGUGGUAAUGGAUCUAGCAGCGGUAAGGUCGGCACCAUCGUCGGUGCAACGCUAGGAAGUGUCAUUGGUUUUGUCGUGAUCUUGAUUGCUAUCCUGUUCUUGCUGAGACACAAGAAGGAUAAGCAAAAGGCGGCUGGCCAAGGUCGCGGAGAUUCUGAUGACAAGGACCGAUUGAGCAUCCAAGACCAGGGCGAGCCGCUGACGCGAUCCGCGUACCCUAUGGCCAAGAGUCACGCUCCGUUGGGCUCGUCGUCAGUGGACUCGUUGGCUAUCUUCUCCGGCAAGCUUGGCGACGAGAAGAAGUCUCAGGCAGCACCGGCCGCGCACCCUGUCUACGGUGGAAAGGCACCGACUAAGAGCCCUCUGUCGACUGUACAGUCCAGUCGGGAGCUCCUCAGCGGACCAUACACACCGGAUGCGGACAAGGCUCUCGAGGCCAGCGAGGCUGGAGCUGGAGGUCGUCCUGGAGACCGGAGAACUGAUGAAGGUUGGAGCAAGUACUUCCAGGAUAACAAUGCUACAGACUUAGUUGGCAUGCAACAGCAAGACGAACCGACAGCAAGCGCAGACCUAGCCAAAUCCGAACGACGAGGAAGUGCAUGGCCCAUGACAACGCUCACACCGCUGAACUUUGGCUUCCUCGAAGAGCCCAAACCACUGGGACGUGUAGUGACCGGCAGCCCGACCACCGAGCACCCCUCAUCUGCAACGGAGGGCCACCUCGUGAUUCCAGAGGGCCAGUCAGCCCGCAUCUCCAGCGCAGACUCGAUAAGUUUGGCAUCAGACAGCGACUACGGACGCAGCCGAUAUUCCUCCGGUAUCCCUGCAGAAGGUACACGGUGGGUCGGCGCAGGAAAUGACGAUUACUUCGGCCGUCCGGUUAGCAGCAUGUACAGCCAGAGCUACUACCCGAGCACGAACAACGUGUCGUCGAUGGCAGCACCGUCAGUGAACUACGACGGAGUCCGUUCCUCGCAAGCGCGGCAGUCGAGUGUUAUCAUCCCCGAUACACUCGAUGAGAACGGGCCAUCGAUCCGGAAUCAGACUAACGUCAAUACGGAUAUGAGCUGGCUUAAUCUGAACGCCGACCGCUAA